CUGGGGGCACUGUGGGGGAAACACGGGGUGACCCCACUCGGGUGACAAAAGUGACAAGGGGACCCCAGGUGCCACCUCCAGGGGAUGACAGAGGUGCCACCAACCCCCGGUGCCACCACCGAGGGGUGACAAAGGUGCCACCAACACGAGGCGACACCUCCAGAGGUGCCACCAACACAGGGUGACGUUGCCAAGGGUGACAAAAGUGACAAGGGGACAGCAGGUGACCCCUCCAGGGGUGACAAAAGUGACAAGGGGACCCUCGGUGCCACCCCCAGGGGGUCCCGGGGCGCCCCCGCCUCUCCCCCAUUCCCCCCACCAUUGCCCUUUUAAGCCUCCCCUGGUGGGCCCCACCUUUUCGCCAUCGCCCCUUUAAGCUGCGCCGCCCUGCCCAUCCCGGAAGCGGAAGUGGCGCCGCACACGUGGGCGGGACCGGCUCCGUUCCCGAGGCCGCCAUGGCGGCGGCGCUGGAGAAGGACGCGGAGCUGGACCGGAGAAUCGCGGCGCUGCGCAGGAAGAACGAGGCGCUGGUGCGGCGCUACCAGGAGAUCGAGGAGGAUCGGCGGCGGGCCGAGCACGAGGGGGGAAAUGUGACCCCCUGGGGGGGGGAGGGGCCGGGCGGGGGGGGGGGGGGCCUGGGCGGUCCCAGCCCCGCAGGGCCCGGGGGAGGGGGAGGGGCCGGGCCCGACCGGAAAUCCCAGGAGUGGGAGCAGCGGCGGCUGCAGAACAUCGAGCAGAUGAACGAGGAGAUGGAGAAAAUCGCCGAGUACGAACGGAGCCGCAGGGAGGGGCAGCCGGAGCGGAACCCCGUCCGGAACUUUCUGGACGACCAGCGUGCCAUGCCCCGAGCCGGGGCGCUGGGGGCCGGCCACCAACGCAACUGGGGGGGCCCCGACCUGGGCAAGGCCACGGCCCGGCGGGGGGGGUCCCGUUUUGGGGAGGGGUCUCCCCCCCUGGACCCCACGCUGUGGAUGACGGGGCGGCAGCGGGCGGAGCACGAGCGCUGGAAACGCGAACGGGAGCGAAUCGACCGCGAGCGGCUGCAGCGGCACCGCGACCACAACGGCGCCUGGAGGAGGGAGUGGGACGCGCAGAAACCCGAGGCCUUGUUCUCGGGGGUCCCGGAGGAGCCCGAGGGGGGAGGGGCCUCCCCCGGCCCCGCCCCUCCCCCCCCCACCCUGGCCGAGUUCUGCCCCUCCCCCCGCGCGGCCGGCGGAGGCGGGGCCGAGCCCGGGGGGAGGGGCGGCCCUACAGUUUCCACGACGAUCGCUGGGAGCCGCAGCCGGAGCCUGAGAGGCCCCAGGUCCCCGAGAAGGUUCCGGAAGGCGGCGCCGCCCCGGGGGGGGUCCCGGGGGGGUCCCAGGAGGACUCGGACCAGUGGGAGGAUCUGAGCGAGGACGAGGAGGAGGAGGAGGAGGAGGAGGAGGAGGGAGGAGGAGGAAGGCCCCGGCUCGGAGCAGCGCGAACCAGUGAC